UAUGUGGAUAUGAUCUGUUUAAGAAUCAAUAAUAAAUAUAAUGGAAAAUAAAGAAAAUUUUUGUGAAUCGAUGGAUUUUAAUACUCGAACAAAGACAUCAUCCAAGCGAAAAUUGAAAAUCGCCUGUGUUUUGGUGGCUUUUUUAAUUACAAUUUCUAUAGUAUUGUGUUUCAUCUACAUGAAUAAUGAAAGAUCUGCCGCUGUGAGCAUUCGAACAGAUAAAAAACUGCCCAUAAAAUUGGAUUUAGAAAUAAAGGAAAUCGAGGACCGUGAUUUACUAAAGGAUGUUAAAACAUCUUUUAUACCCAGUUAUCGUGAUUUAAAUUAUGGUCGAUUUGAAUGGGAUGAACACCGUUCUAGAAGAGAUAUUACUUCAACCUCAAUUGAUUCAAUAGUAAACAAUCAGGAUACAUCAAAGAACGAAACACAACCAAUUAAACAUCAAAGAGAAAUGAGCCAAUCUGACGAAAUACUAGACUUUGAUAAGCCUCAUCCAAUUGGUGAAACUGUAGAAGAAGAGAUAGAUAAUAGUUUUCGUCCUUUGCGGCCAGUCAAACCACACAGUUUUUGGCGUGAUAAAUUGGGUCCAGAGGAAAUACGACAAGCUCAAGCAAAUAUGAUGCUGCAAUAUAUGGAUCAAACUAUUGAUCCAUGCGAAGAUUUUUAUUUAUAUGCUUGUGGAAAUUGGGCUCAAUCUAACCCAAUACCACCGGAUAAAGCUGGUUAUGACACAUUUGAAAUGUUACGCGAAAGUCUUGAUUCAGUGUUACGUGACUUACUUUUAGAAAAAGAAACUUAUUUUGAUUUUAAUCAAGCAACAAUCGAUUUGAAUGACAAUAAUGUGUUUGAAGACCGGAACCAAUUCGAUCAACGACAACAACAGACCACAAGAACUUUGACAUCAUCUGACGAUGCAAUUAUAAAAGCAAAAAAUUUAUACCAUUCCUGUAUGAACUACGAAAUUCUACAACAGCGUGGUCAUACCCCGUUAAUUCAAUUAUUAGAGGUGCUUGGUGGAUGGCCAAUGUUGGAUCCGAAUUGGGAUGAGACAAAGUUUGACUGGAUAACAUUAACUUCACAACUACGUCUCUAUAAUAAUGAUAUUUUAAUAUCAGAAUGGGUCGGACCAGACAUCAAAAACUCUGAUGAAUAUGUUAUACAGUUAGACCAAACAAGUUUAGGCUUACCAACACGUGAAUAUUUUUUAUCGGCCACUAACAGUCAAUAUUUGGAAGCAUAUCGCGAUUAUCUAAAACGUAUUGCUGUACUAUUAGGUGCUUCUUUAGAAAUAGUACAAGAUGAUGUGAGAGACAUUAUCAAUUUCGAAGUGGAGCUAGCAAGAAUAACUGCAACGCCAGAAGAUCGUCGUAAUGUAUCAGAGUUAUAUCAUCGAUUAACAAUUGGAGAAUUACGACGAUUAACACCACUAAUCGAUUGGGUGACAUAUUUUUCAAUUGUUUUGAACAGAAAACCAGAAAUGAAUGAACCUGUUGUUUGUUUUGCAUUAAAAUAUUUUCAAGAUUUAGUGUCACUUUUAUCGAUUACACCGCCAAGAACAGUUGCAAAUUAUUUAGUUUGGAGAUUCGUUCGUCAUCGAGUUAAUAAUUUGGAUGAUCGUUUUCAAGAUGCAAAACAAAGAUUCUAUUUUGUAUUAUUUGGACGAGAAAAAUCACCACCAAGAUGGCAAAAUUGCGUGGCUCAGGUUAAUUCUAACAUGGGAAUGGCUGUAGGAAGCUUGUUUGUUCAAAAAUAUUUCGAUGAAGUUAGUAAAAAUGAUACAUUACAAAUGACUGGCGAAAUACAACAAGCUUUUAAUGAAAUUUUACUAGACACCACAUGGCUAGAUGAUGACACACGUAAAUUGGCUAUUGAUAAAAUUGAAACAAUGAGAUUACGAAUUGGAUAUCCAGAUUUUAUUCUUGAUCGAAAACAAUUAGCCAAACGAUAUUACGAUAUAAAAAUUGAUCCUAAUACAUAUUUUGAAAAUACUUUAAGUAUUUUAAAGCAUUUAACAAGAACAGAACAAAGUCGUUUGGGUCAGCCAGUAAAUAAAACAUUAUGGAAUACCCCACCGGCUGUUGUAAAUGCAUAUUAUAGCAGAAAUAAAAAUCAAAUAAUGUUUCCUGCUGGCAUUUUACAACCGCCAUUUUAUCAAAGAUGGUUUCCACGGUCAUUAAAUUAUGGAGGAAUAGGCGUUGUAAUUGGUCAUGAAAUUACUCAUGGAUUUGAUGAUAAAGGUCGAUUAUUUGAUAAAAAUGGAAAUUUACAAAGGUGGUGGAAAGAUGAAGCCGUUGAUGGAUUUCAUAGACGUGCUCAAUGUCUUAUUGAACAAUAUAAUCGUUAUACUGUUCAAGAAGUAGGAAUGCAAGUAGAUGGGGUGAAUACUCAAGGAGAAAAUAUAGCGGAUAAUGGAGGAAUAAAACAAGCUUUUCAUGCGUAUAAAAAAUGGCUAAGUUAUCACAGUGACCAUAAUGAAACGCUACCUGGAAUAAAUGCAACUAAUACUCAACUAUUUUUCCUAAAUUUUGCUCAGGUUUGGUGUGGUGCAAUGCGACCUGAAGCAACCAGGAAUAAAUUAAAAACUGCAGUUCAUUCUCCUGGAAGAUAUCGUGUGAUUGGAACUUUAAGUAAUAAUGAAGAUUUUGCAAGAGAAUUUAAUUGCCCGAUAGGUUCACCAAUGAAUCCUAUUAACAAAUGUACUGUAUGGUGAUUUGUUAAUACAAAGUAAUUUAUGUACGGGUAUCUAUUUUAA